AGACCUCUGAUACAUUAUACAGAAUAUGGCAGAUGAAGUCAAGCUUUUCAGAACAUGGUCAAGUCCAUUUGCAUUGAGGAUUGUAUGGGCAUUGAAGCUUAAAGGCAUAGAAUUCGAAACCAUCUUCGAAGAUCUUGCCAACAAAAGCUCUUUGCUUCUUCAGAAUAAUCCGGUUCAUAAGAAGGUGCCCGUGCUCGUGCACAAUGGCAAAAGUGUCUGUGAAUCCUUUGUUAUCCUAGAGUACAUUGAUGAAACAUGGACAAAUGGUCUUCCCCUAUUGCCUAAAGAUCCCUAUGAGAGAGCUGAGGCGCGUUUCUGGGCCAAGUUUUCCGAUGAGAAGUUGUGGUUAUCAGCCCGCGGAAUUUUGUUUGGUGUGGAGACAGAGCAAGCGGAAGCAAGACUUCAAGCAAUACAAAACCUGCAAUAUUUAGAGGAACAGCUCAAGGGAAGGAAAUUUUUCGCGGGGGAGACAAUUGGAUUUCUUGAUCUCGCAGUUGGCUGGAUGGCCAAUCUGCUCAGUGUACUAGAAGAAAUAACUGGUUAUGUACUGAUUGAGGAGGUGAAAUUUCCGCUGUUAUGGAAAUGGAUGCAGGACUUUUCGGAUGUUCCAGUUAUCAACGAAAGCUGGCCAUCACGAGACAAGCUGGUAAUCAAGUUUCAAACCAUGCGUGAUUCAUACCUUGCAGGCAAAAUCUAGAAUGUGUUUACAGAUCCACGUAUAAUUGAUCUUGUAGCUUGGUAGACACGCAUCUGAUUUGAACCAUGCCAGAUUUGUACCUUGCAGGUAACUUAAAUUGCUUAUUUUCCAGCAAAUAAUGUUAACCAAAGCGAAUAAGUGUAUUGUUAUUUCAACGCUCCCCUCACUCGAAAUCCCAUUUUUUGGGUUAAAGAGUGGAUCACUGGCACAAAAUUUGAUACCAUGUAAUCUUAAGAUGUUAGAGAAAGAUCCCAAAUGGAUCUUAUGCUACUUUUCAACAACUGAAACCGCACAAGUUUCACUUUUCACACAGA